AUGUCGAAGGUCGACUACGUGCGGCAAUUGGACCCGCCCCGGCCAUAUCGCUCGAACGAAGUGGAGCCCCAACUGUGGAGCAUUCGCGAGGAGAGUCGUACCGUCUUCGGGGACCCAGAGAUCACUAAGCAACCCACUGAAACUAUGCUGCGUUCACUUGCCCAGCCCACGAGCACCAACUACAAAGGGCAAAUCCGGAGAGUGGACAUCAGCCCCUUCGGGUGCAUAGAGGUGCACCACGGGGACAUCUUCAGCUUCUGGGAUCAGGAGAUGACAGAAAAGCUCACAGCCUCCGAACUUGGAAGAGAAGCGGAGGGCAAAAGUGGGGUUGCUGGUCGCGUAAUGGUCCUACCCAUGGCCCCCAACUUGCUGCCUUACCGUGGCCUGGGCCUGGAGGCAUAUGACAGAGGAGGGCCUGCAGUAGUAAAGGCCACCUAUGAGGCUGCCCUUCAGUGUUCGCAUCUCAGCCGAGAAGACAUUGAACAGGGAGCCAAUAUCAAUCUUGAAGCGGGCGAUGCAUUGGAGGUGCCCAUGCACUUCUCCGUCAGCUUCCUGCGAAGGCAAUUGGACUCCUUGGAGGUGAUGGCUUCAAACCCAUUGGCAGAGCGUCUUCGAAAGGAGAAGGACUUCAACAAGAUCAUUUUCAUGAUCAUGCCAUGGAUUUGGCAAGGCAGCCCCAUAGAUGCCGAGAAGCGCUUUCGCAUUUGUGCACGAGAAGCCCUCCAUCGAGCAUCUAAACACUGCCAGCAGGUUGCGCAAGAAGCUUCAGCCAAAAACUGGAAGUACCUGCAAGGUGCUGUGGCAAUACCUAGCAUUGGUGGUGGCAUUUAUGGCUACGAGCCUAGGAAUAGUAGCCUUGCACUGGUCGAGGAGGCUUUUGAGAUGCUCCUGCAAGUGGAGGCAGAACAGCCGAGCUACGCCUUGCAACGGAUCGCCUUUGUCGAUUCGGACCUGGAGACGGCUGAGGCUUUUGCCUCUGCUGUAGUCGAGGUUUCCCGGCGCUGGCUGCCAGCAGAACGUCUCACAACUGCUCCUGAGUGGUGGGGCAAGAAAACACGACGUCUUCUUGUCCUUCCAGAUGUUCCGAACUUCUUUUGGCGACGCUUCAAGGUGAAAUUCAAGAAACGCCAUGGCGUGAAAAAAAGGCAACGAGUGCACUACUUGGGCAACGUCAAGCCGAGGAUAUGGCGGGCGCACAAAGUGCUACAACCACCACCACUGCUUGUGCAUCAGACCGAUGGCGCGAUAGCAGACCAUCAGCUGCAAGCCCGACCCUACUUUUACAGAGGUGUUUCCCAUUGGCUUUUUCCCAGUCGAAGAGGUGGCAUCCAUGUCAUGAAGCGAAGCGCGAGCGGGCAAUGGGUUGGAGUGCUCCGGCACAUGAGAAGCUCGCUGAUUCCGGCAAUACGGCCAAAGUUGUGA